AGGCUGCCGGCUUUUUGCUCCCUCUACCUCUGUAUGCUUUAUCGCCUGCUUAGAACUUUGCCCCAGGUUUCUGCAGCGUCUUUUCAUUCCGUGCGACACAUCAUGAAGCCCUUAGUAGUGUUCGUUCUUGGAGGACCAGGCGCAGGAAAGGGAACCCAGUGUGAGAGGAUCGUGCAGAAGUAUGGGUACACCCACCUGUCAGCUGGAGACCUUCUGCGGGAUGAGAGGAAAAAACCAGACUCCCAGUAUGGUGAGCUUAUUGAAUCUUACAUAAGGGAUGGAAAGAUUGUGCCAGUGGAGAUCACAAUCAGCCUGCUACAAAGGGCGAUGGAACAGACCAUGGCCAUCGAUACCAACAAGCAUAAAUUCCUUAUUGAUGGAUUCCCUAGGAAUGAAGACAACUUGCAAGGCUGGGAAAGAACAAUGAAUGGAAAAGCAGAUGUGUCUUUUGUGUUGUUCUUUGAUUGUGAUAAUGAGACCUGUAUUGAACGGUGCUUGGAGCGAGGGAAGAGCAGCGGUCGGAGUGAUGAUAACAGGGAGAGUUUAGAAAAGAGAAUACAAACGUACCUGCAGUCAACAAGACCUAUCAUCGAUCUGUAUGAAAAGACAGGGAAGGUCAGAAAGGUGGAUGCCUCCAAAUCUGUAGAUGAGGUUUUUACCAAAGUGCAAGAUAUCUUCGGCAGAGAAGGAUAAUAAGCAUUUUAGGUCAUCUUCCCUAGAGUUCUUGGAUACACUUUUAUUGUCCACUUUUAUUUUUUUGCAUUUCUAUUUUUUUUCUUUAAUUUUUUUAAGUCAACUUUGUAUCUUUAUGUAUUAUAUUACAGUUCUAUAUGUUCCAGUUGUAAUGGGUACCGAUUUAUAUUCUCUGGUUUCCUUCCCUUAAACCAUCACAGAGAUUGUGCUACACAUUAGAGAGCAUAUCCCAAUAGUGCUUGCAUUCUUGGCAAAAUUUAUUUACUAGAAUAAGCACAUAAUGUAUAACCUGCAUUAUUUCAUUUGCACUUAACUGUGUCUGCAGUGCACUGUAAACUCCCUUGAUGGGUGAAAAUUCGUACAUUAUCUUGUUCAGUUAAAUGGAUCCUGCUUAUAUAUUAGCUUGUUGCCCUUAGCUAGAAUUCUAAAAAAUCUACCUCUGAUUCAUGGUAAACAUACUUAAAAUUGUUCAUAUUGAUUGGUUUAUUUAAUGAAAUAUGUGAUUUAAAAAUGAAUUGAAAGACUCCAUAAUUAAUGUAUUCUAGAGAAAUGUGUUUAAGUAAAGAAAAAAAAAUGACUCCUAAAAUACAAAUGGUUUACCUCUGGAAAUAAUUCUUAGGCAAGGGUGCAUAUAUAUAAAAGAAGGUGCCCAGAAUGCCUGAAAUACAGGUGCUAUAGGCUUUUGCACCAACUUGUGACUAAACCCCCCCCCCCUCUAGAGCUUAAUGAAAUACAAAAAAAUGCACACCUUGCAGUUUUAGGCAGUAUUUAGGAGAAAAGUGAUUUUACUGUGGCACAUUGUUAAAAUUGAUGUUGUUGGGACCCAGGAAAGCUGCAAAUAUAUCUUUCAUUCUGAAAUAAAAUUUUGUCUCAAAA